AUGGCAACCGAGACAGCGUUGCAGCAUGGCAGCGAAACCGCCAAUGGUUUGCUCUCCCACCAGAAGACAGCUGCUGCCUCGAGGCGCCGGAAAGCAGCGCCCAAGAAGGUCGCAGAUGAGGGGCUGAUGGCUACGCUGUGCACUCUGAUCUGCGACCACCAGAUUGGUAUCUCGGUCAACCUCCUCUCCCUCCUCUUCCUCACGCACAUCUUCUUCCCCCGCGCGCGGGAUCGCACCGCCAAGUUCUUCAACAUGUCCUACUACAACCCCGACACCAACAUGUACGGCUGCGGCACCGACGACCUGCCGUACGUGAUAUUCUGGAGCGUGGCCUUCACAGGUCUGCGAGUCGCCGUCAUGGACUACAUGCUGGACCCAUUGGCGCGACUAGGUGGCAUUCGCACAAAGAAGGGCCUCGACAGGUUCAAGGAACAGGCAUGGCUGAUUGUUUACUACACCGUAUCAUGGUCGCUGGGCAUGUACAUCAUGUACCACUCCGACUUCUGGCUGAACCUCCACGGCAUCUGGGAAGGCUGGCCCUUCCGCGAGGUCGACGGCGUUUUCAAGUGGUACUACCUCGUGCAGUGGGGCUUCUGGAUCCAGCAGAUCCUCGUCGUCAACAUUGAGGAGAAGCGCAAGGACUACGCGCAGAUGCUCACCCACCACCUCUUCACGACCGCGCUCAUGUUCCUGUCCUACGGAUACUACCACAUGCGCGUUGGAACCGUCAUACUGUGCAUUAUGGACUUUGUCGACAUUAUCCUUCCUACCGCCAAGCUCCUCAAGUACAUGGGCUACACCACUGCCUGCGACAUCGCCUUUGGCGCCUUCGUCCUCUCGUGGAUCGUCACCCGCCACGUCUUCUACAUGAUGGUCUGCUGGUCCAUUUACGCUUUUGCUCCCGUCGACAUGGCGCCCGGCUGCUACUACUCGGCCCAAAACAACAACCUCUUCGUUCCCAUGUCCAAUGCGACUGAAUUCGACCGUUUGGGCGGCAACGCGCCCUGGGCGAACCUACUCAAAGCGUACACCGACCAAAACGGCCCCAUCUGCUGGAAUCCGAACUUGCGUUACUACUUCCUGGCGCUCCUGCUCACGCUGCAGGUCUUCUGCUUAAUCUGGUUUGGCACCAUUGCAAAGGUUGUGUAUAAGGUGCUCAAGGGCAAUGCGGCGGAGGACCUGAGGUCUGACGAUGAGGGCGAUGAGGAGAUUGAGGAGGAGGCCGAGAAGAAGGAGAAGACGAGCUCGUAUCUGAAUGCGGUCACGACUUGCACCGAGAGUGGGAUGAGUCAUCCGCUCGAGGAGGAGGUGGGCGUUGACAAGUUGACCUUCAAGAGGGUGAACGGGACGAGCCAACGGCGCUCGGCUAGGCGCGAAUCAAGCAGGGCGAGCGGGAUUAGCAUACCCGGCCACGGCGACCACAAGGAGUUGCUGGGCAGGAUCGGGUGCGAUAAGCCGUCGUAG